AUUCAUUUUACAUUGUGUUCUCUUCGAGAGAAGUGAGAAAAGUUUGUGACACGUGACUAUUUUUUGUUCCCGAUUUUAAUUUUCUUUUUAUUAUAAAAAAAGUGUUUUAAUUGGUGACAAAAUGUGAUUUAUAGAUACUGUUUACUUUAUUUUCUAGUUUAUAAGUACGCCACAUGAACAAUAUAUGUAGUUUUCACUUAAUCUCCAAGUUGAGAUUUUGAGGUUAAACACACAAAAUCAUUUGUUUGCGGUGAUAUUUGACGUUUGUUGUCAAAUAAACAUUUUUUAGUUAGAAUAAUAUUGAAAGUUAUAUUAUAUUAUUUAUAAAAAAUGGCGUACUUACCAAAUUCACGGAUUGAGGAGGUUAAAGCAACCAUUAGAUCGUGUCUGGUUACACACAAGGGACCUAUAACCAUAAAACAAUUAAACAAUCAGUAUCAUUUUUUUGAGGAAGAAGUUAUUCCUUAUAAAGAGUUUCGUUUUAAAACAUUACUGGAUUUUUUGUCCUCUUUAAAGGAUGUUUUGAGAAUUAUCGAUAGAAAUGGGGAAAGUUAUGUUCGCGUUAUUGAUACGGAAAAUACGCGUCCUAUUAGUUCUUUAGUUGCUAAUCAAAAACCAUCAAAGCAAAAAAAAUCUAAACGAAUGUCGAGUGGACAUUAUGGAAAUCAGACUAGAGAAUCUCAUCAUCGUGAUAAUCGUGAGGACCAUUCGAGAAUGAAAUCUCGAUCAGAGGAACAAAAAUACAUUUCAUUCACUAAUUCAUCGAAUUCUUCAAACGAUGAUUCUGAUCGUUAUAAUAAGCCAAAGGACGAUGAAUUACAACGUAGCAAUUACGUUAAGCCAAAGCAAGAUAAAAAUACUUAUCGCACUGAAUCUGAUACAAAGUAUCAAAAAUCAAAUCAAGUUACAACUACUAAGAAUAGUGUUAAUGACAACAGUAUUAUUAAUGACGAUAGCAAUAGAGAUUAUUCAAGUAUUUUAAUUAAUUCGAGAAUUGUAGGAAGACUCCGUGAAUUAAUUGAAAAGCAUCCUGAUGGAAUUUGGUGUGCGGAAUUGCCAACAAUAUAUUUCGACACUUAUACCUCGACACUAAACUACGUGGAUUUGGGCUUCGAAAGUGUUCGAGAAUUUGCUUCGAGUCUUUCUAAUGUAUUUCAUUGUGUACAAGUGUUUGAAGGUGGAGAUCAUAAAUUAUAUAAUGCCAAAAAUGCACUCCCUGCUUUUUAUGGAUUGAAACGACAAAUUGAAAUUGAUUCAAAUAAUCAAAAUACUAUUAAUAAUAAUGGGGAAAAAGCAAUUCCACAGAAAUUGGAACCAAAAACGAUGAAACAUUUCAUUCCCGAAAAUGUUAUGAGUGUCACCGAAUCAGUUGGUCAGAUUAUGGUAAAGGACCUCUGCCAAGAUAAGGAUUAUGAAGAAGUAGUUCUUUGUGAAUUGUUUACGCCAAAUUACUUAUUCUGUCAUUUGAGGAAAAAUCUGAAAAUCUUUAAGGACUUCAUGUACAAUCUACAUUAUUUCUAUGAAGAAAACAAAACGAAAUAUCAGAUUCCUCCUAUUGCGUUGAAACCAGGAUUAAAUGUCGUGUGUCUUUUCGACAAAAAAUGGCACCGAGCUAUUGUUAAAAUGAUUAGACCUGAAGAACGAGUCGUUGUACAUUUUUAUGAUUAUGGAACUGUGAAAACUUAUGGUGUUCAUGAAAUGUGUUUUCUACAUAAAAAAUUUUCACAAUUACCAGCGCAAGCUAUUUUAUGUGGAUUGCAUAAAGUAAAACCAGUCGGCAAUAAAGAAUGGGAAAAAGGAAUUUGUCACGAAUUGAUACUGAAAUGUAAGGGGCCACUAUGCGCAAUGGUCUGUUCUGUAAAUGAGGAGGAAAAUUCAGCUCUUAUCUCACUGACAAAUACUGAUGGAGAAGAAGACCUUCACAUAAACGAUUGGUUGCUCUUGAAAGAGUACGCCGCCUUGGGGAGAUUUACAGCAAAGAAGAAUCGCAAUUUUACUUUUAUGCAUUACUUAAAAUCUCUCGAGCAUAAAGGCUACGAUACAAAAAAUAUUACAAAAAAUACCCAAGAACCUUUAUUAAAUGGUAGUUUCAAAUUCAGCGAUUCGGAAUAUUCCUUUAAAGAAACUAAACCAUCUCCAAGAGCAAUGGAACGGAUUCCAAAAAGUGUGGAAAAUGCCUCUAAAGAUAAUUCCGAUUUAGAGAAAACAACUGCAAACUCCCAGAAAAUUCCUUCUCUAUUAAAUUUAAAAUUUAUACAACAAGAGAGCCUUAAAUCAAAAAUCCAGACCAGCAAACUUAAUGUUGAGGAAAAUAAAUCCAAAACGGAAGUUUCCUGUCCCAAAGUACUGAAACGAACACUGGCCUUAAUAUCGAAAACUCAAGAGAAAAGGAAUGCGGAAAAUAGUUUAGAUACCUUUUCAUCGUCUGUGACAAGUUCCAAGUCUUCCGAAAAUGUUGAUACCUCUGAAUCUCUAAAUUCAAUGAUUACAAAUUCGAGUAAAUCAAAAUCGCGACUAGAAAUGCUUUUGAAAUUUACGAAAUCAUCCACUUCAACUCCGCUCGAGUUAAAAUCUAAGAAAAACGAAUGCAAAGUUCAAAAUGAAGAGAAGAUUGCCGAAAAAUCUCCAGUGACUGAAGAAAUUUUGGAGAACAAAUCGACAUCGCCCUCAUCAUCCAGCAGUGAAAUUAACGAAGAUUACAUACCUUUGCAUUUAAGAGAAGAAGAAAAAGUGGAACAACUACCGGAGUUCGGCACAUUGAGAAGUGAAUUCGGAGGACGUGGCCGCAUGCAACACGUCGAUUGGCAUCAAAUUCGACAGGACAUCAAAAAAACCGAAAUUCAACAAACUUGUCAAUUUCGAUCCAAUGAAAAAGCAUUAAAUUUGAUAAAAUCCCUCGAGAAGGAAAUCAACGAUUCAAAGAAAUCUUGUCAAAAGGAGGAUGUACCAAAACUUGUUGAUACCAGACAGAAAAUAUGCUCCCACCUUCAACGUGAAUUGUCCCGUUUCAAUAAAUACAACACCAUUAAUUCAAAUUUUGCCGACAAGGAAUUUAAUUUCACAACAUUGACAAACGUUAAAUCAUCCACAACACCAAUAUCUCCAUUACUUAAAUUAAGACAACGUUUACACGCCAACAGUUUUCAGAGUGAUUCAAAAUUGAUAAAUUUCAAAUUAGCCAAAAUUAUCACCGGCAAAACUGAUGAAAACAAUGAACCAAUUAAAAUUAUUAACGAAUCCAAAAAGUUGACGAAAACUGAAGAAAUUCUCAAAAAAUUAAAAAUGGACAAAGUGGAACAAAACAAAGUUGAAGUAAUUAUCGAAAAGGAGAAAAAUGAACAAAAUCAAUCAAAAUUAACAGAUUUAGAAGUUAAUCAAAAGAUUGAAAUUUCCAUCAAGGACAAGGAGAGAAAAAUUAAUCUACAACCAGUGAAAAAAUCAGAAUCUUUGGAUUCUGACGAUUUUUCCGAUGAAUUAUCAGAGGUAGAAUCUGAUAAAAUAUCAAUAUCAACAAGUAGUGAAUCAACGAUUCAUGAGAAAUUAAUAAAAGAAGAAUCAUCGAGCGAGGAAGAAUUGACACAUACGGAGGAAAUAAUCAACAAGAAGGAGACUGAACCCAUUGUUAAGGAGAAUUUAUACGUAUUCAACGAUAUGGAUUUGACCAGUGAUAGUGAAAUAUGGGACGGGUUGAGUUUUUCCGGUGAAAUUGCGCCUGUUAAAUUUACCAAACAAAAAUCAGUUUCAUCAUCUCGAGUUUCGUCACCAACAAGAUCGGUAACUAAUUUCGAUGAAUCGUUCGACAGUAAUAUUAUGAAUUUUCAAUACAAUGAAUUAAUGAGCAGAAAAAAGCAAGAGGAGAAUGAGAAGAAAAUGAUUGAAUCGAAAGCAAUUGAGAGGAAUUCAUCGUCAAAUUCAUCAGCGAAUUCAUCUGUUACGGAAAAUAAUUUAUCGGAAAGUGCAAAGGAAAUGACGGCAAUUAAAAAUUUCAAACCAACUGGAAGACAAGGAUCUCUAAUGCGUAUGUUGGCGAAUAUUCAAAAAGAACCGCAACAUAUUUGAAAAUCAUAGUUCUUUUCAUAGUUAUUGUAUGUUACUUUAAUUUUUCACAAAUUUGUAAAUAAAUAAUGAUAAAGCAAA